CUAAUGCCACUUCCACAUCUACAACUGGGACAAGUCAUCUCACGAAAUGUGACAUAAAGCAGAAGGCCUUCUGUGUAAAUGGGGGAGAGUGUUACAUGGUUAAAGACCUCCCAAACCCCCCAAGAUACUUGUGCAGGUGCCCAAAUGAAUUUACUGGUGAUCGCUGCCAAAACUACGUAAUGGCCAGCUUCUACAAGCAUCUUGGGAUUGAAUUUAUGGAAGCUGAGGAACUGUACCAGAAACGGGUGCUCACCAUAACUGGCAUUUGCAUUGCUCUUCUAGUAGUUGGCAUCAUGUGUGUGGUGGCCUACUGCAAAACCAAGAAGCAGAGGAAAAAGUUGCACGACCGCCUUCGGCAGAGCCUGCGCUCAGAAAGGAACAAUGUGAUGAACGUGGCCAACGGACCACACCACCCCAACCCACCGCCAGAUAACGUCCAGCUGGUGAAUCAGUACAUUUCAAAAAACGUAAUCUCCAGUGAGCAUGUAAUCGAGAGAGAAACAGAGACCUCAUUUUCGACAAGCCACUACACCUCAACAACACAUCACUCUGUGACAGUCACCCAGACACCUAGCCACAGCUGGAGUAAUGGCCACACUGAAAGCAUCAUCUCUGAAAGCCACUCGGUACUUGUCAGUUCCUCCAUGGAGAACAGCAGGCACACCAGCCCAGCAGGGCCCCGGGGCCGCCUCAAUGGCAUUGGUGGGCCACGGGAAGGCAACAGCUUCCUCCGGCAUGCAAGAGAGACCCCUGACUCCUACAGAGACUCUCCUCACAGUGAAAGGUAUGUUUCAGCUAUGACCACACCAGCUCGCAUGUCACCUGUUGAUUUCCACACUCCGACUUCUCCCAAGUCCCCACACUCCCAAAUGUCACCACCGGCUUCCAGCUUGACCAUUUCCGUCCCUUCAGUGGCAGUGAGUCCCUUCAUAGAAGAGGAGCGACCACUGCUCCUGGUGACCCCGCCACGGCUACGUGAGAAGUAUGACCACCACCUUCAGCAGUUCAACUCCUUCCACCAUAACGCUGCCCACGAGAGCAACAGCCUGCCACCAAGUCCUCUGCGGAUAGUGGAGGACGAGGAGUAUGAGACCACGCAGGAGUAUGAACCAGCACAGGAGCCUCCAAAGAAAUUCACCAACAGCCGGAGGGUCAAAAGAACGAAGCCCAAUGGCCACAUUUCCAACAGGGUGGAAGUGGACUCCAACACAAGCUCUGAGAGCAGCAGCUCUGAGAGUGAAACUGAAGAUGAAAGAAUAGGUGAAGAUACACCAUUCCUGAGCAUACCGAACCCCAUGGCGACCAGUCUGGAGCCAGCCGCUGCCUACCGGCUGGCUGAGAGCAGGACUAACCCAGCGAAUCGCUUCUCCACACCAGAAGAGUUGCAAGCAAGGUUGUCCAAUGUGAUAGCUAACCAAGACCCUAUUGCUGUAUAAAACAUAAAACACAUAGAUUCACAUGUAAAACUUUAUUUUAUAUAAUAAAGUAUUCCACCUUUAAAUUAAACAAUUUAUUUUAUUUUAGCAAUUCAGCUGAUAGAAAACAGGAGAGGGAAAAAAAACUUUUAUAAAUUAAAUAUACGUAUGUACAAAUGUGUUAUGUGCCAUAUGUAGCAAUUUUUUACAGUAUUUCAAAAAUGGGGAAAGAUAUCAAUGGUGCCUUUAUGUUAUGUUACGUUGAGAGCAAGUUUUGUACAGUUACAAUGAUUGCUGUCCCAUAGUAUUUUGCAAAACCUUCUAGCCCUCAGUUGUCCUGGCUUUUUUGUGCACUGCAUUAUAAUGACUGGAUGUAUGAUUUGCAAGAAUUGCAGAAGUCCCUCUGGCCGCUUGUUGUAAAAUCCCCAGAUCAAAAAGCCCUGUAAUGGCACUCCCACCCUACUCACCCCACCAG